AUGCCGGCUGAGAGCUUUGCUGAGCAGCGGACUGUCUUGAGGAGCCGGGGCUGUGCGCGUGGCUGGUGGCCGCCCGUGAGCUGGGACAGGAACAGAGGGCCCACCGCCACCUCCCCCCUGAGGCCAGCGCGGUGUCUGGAGCACCGCCAGGUCCAGACCAACGUGGCCAGCCCCAGUCCCCGCCUGGGCCCGGCUCUGAAGGACGCAACGACGGGUCGGUGGGUCCAUUCACGCUUCCAGCAACAGAGCAACCUGAGGCCCAGGGCGCCCGGGGGACCCCGGAGGAAGGCCCCAGAGCCAGCCGUGCAGCAGAGCAACCUGAGGCUCGGGGGGACCGCCGCCCCCCGCCUCCAGGCUGGCCUUGGGCAGCGCACUCCCCUGGGGCUCGGUGCAGGGCACGCGACCCCGGCCACAGCGCCCUCCACCUCUGACCUCAGGCUCAGCACAGGUUUUCUAUAUCACGAAGGGCGCGCGCAGCUGGAUGAAGGAUCCUGGCCCAGGCUGGGGAGCGGGGCCCCCAGGCUCCUCGGGGAGCCCCUCACUCUGGAGGAUCUGGCCGCCCCGGCCCCCACUGUCCUCGGGCGGCGGCGGCAGCUGGGUGCUGCGCAGCAGCUGGAGCACAGGGCGCCCAGGCUCAGGCAGCCUCCGGGCCCUGACGACAGCCGGUCACCCCCUGCCCGUCCCCAGCCCUGCCAGCCUGGUGUGGCCUCCCUGGAUGAGAGGAACCGGGCCCGAGGCCCCAGGGGGACUGCACGGGGCUCAGAGAUGCCCGAGGCCCAGGCUGGACUCCCGGAUCGCCCAGUGCCCGGUGGGCCAGGCUCUCCCAACACCGCCUCGGGGGUCGUCACCCACAGUUUGCUCAGCUCUGCGCGGGGGCCCGGCCAGAAGUGCCCCCAGUGGCCUUCCCAUGGCAGGAGGCACAGGGCGCCCCCCGGGCUCACUCCAGGGGAGCCCCGCUUCCCUGCUUCCUCCGGGGGCAUCCUGCGUGAGUGGGAAGGAGACAAGGUCCAGGGCCAAGGGGCCAGCAGGAAGGAGGAGAGGCCGACUUCCAGCCCACCCAACCCAGCCCGGGCCUACAGGAGUGCCCAGCAGGUAGAGGCCCGGGAGGCGAGGAGCAACGCGCAAAGCAUUGUGGUCCAGGAGCUCCAGGCAGCUGGCCGGCAGCCGCUGGCCACCUGUUUCAGAGCCUGGAGGCGACUGGCCCAGAGGCGGUGGGCAGUGGCCGAGGCCGUGGCUCUGAGUCACCGGCGGCGGCGGCUGCUUGGAAAGGGUCUCCGGGCGCUGCGAUGGACUGUGUGGACGCAGGAGGCUCAGCUGGACGUGGCCUGGCGGCGACACACCAGGGCCUUGCUGGCUCGGAGCUUCCACAAGUGGAGGCGACUGGCUCUACAGCUGCCCCCACCCAGGCUGCAGCAGGAGGCCCCUCCUCGGGAGGAAAGGCGGUGGUGGAGCCCGCCUGCAGCUUUCCUCCUCUGGUGUUAUCAGGAGGACCAGGCCAGGCGGGAGAAGGGGACCCUGGGGGAGGCCCCCGGGGCCACCGCAGGGACUCGGAGGACAGGGGGCUCCCCGCAGACCCGGUGCUCGCAUGCUACAGAGGCCCCAGCGGCCCCCCAGCCCCAGAGAGCCUGGCUCGGCAGGUGCUUUGGGGCCUGGUGUCAGCUCACACGAGGAAGGGCGCGAGGCCGGAGCGUGUUGACGCUGUGUCUGCAGCGGUGGGUGCAGAUGAAGCAGCGCCGGGCCCUGGGUGGGGCCACGGUGCCGUGGCUGGCUCUGUGCUGGCAGAGGACAGGUGGUGACUCAGCCUCAGGAGCCCCCCGGGCCCCUGGCCUGGGGGAGGAGGUCCAGGCUGAGCGGCGGAAGCGCAAGCAGGGCUGGCUGCAGGAAGGCUGCCGGAGCCUGGCCUUGCAGCGUGCACUGCUGCUGUGGAGGAAUCGGCUCCGCCAGUGCCAGCAAGCCACCUCGUUCUCCCGGGGUGCUGAGCGGCGCCUGCUGCGGGGCGUCCUGAGCCGGUGGCGGAGGAGGGCAUGGGGCCCCGACCCUCGGCCAGACGGCAGCAAGACCAAAUCAUCGGUCCUGGAGCUGUGGGGGGGCCCUGGAGGAGAGGGGGCUGGGCUGGGCUGCGGCACAGCCCAAGGCGCUCUGGAGGAGCAAUGUGGUGCCAGCCGGCCCUCCACAGGCGCAUCUUCCACAGUUGGAGCUGCUGGAUGGGAGUGCAAGGUGCCCGGAGAGAGCUGGCUGCCCGCCAGGCCUGCGUUUGCAGCUGCCCGGCUCCCGCGGCUGGCCUGGCGGCAGGAGGCAGAGCGACAGAGCCAGGGACGGGCGCGGGCUGCCCUGUGCCGCCGCUGCUCCUGCUGGCAGAGGCUGCAGAGGCCUCCACCGGGAGCCAUGUCCAGAGAGCUGCUAUCAUCUGGCUCCAGCAGGCUGGGGUCAGACGCCUCCUCUGGACCUGGGGAGUCCAGGGAGCUGGCCCCACGCACUGGCCCAGGCUGGCCAGCAGAGGGCGCGUCCUGCUGUUGCUGGACGCCCCUGUCCCUUGGAAGCAGGACCCUGGUCCUCUUUGCUGUCCUGACUCUGGACAACACAGAAACCAUCAACAAAUCUGCCCCCUUCUGGCCCAGGCAGGCUCUGCGGCUCUGCGGGCAGGGCUCUCCAUGGCCGGGGCCCCUGGAGGCGACUGGGGUAAGAACUGGGGGGGGGGGGGAGCACUCCCUGGUCAGUGCUGAACCACCGCCCCUCCCCUUGGCCUUGAAGAGGUCCCGAUGCCCUUGCCCCCAGAAGGAAGGCCGCGUGGCGCUGGCGUCUGGAGACUCUGCGUCACAGGUUCCAGGCUUCCCGGCAGGCCCGGUGCCUGGCACUGACAUGGCAGCGCUGGGUGGAUGCUAAAGGGGUGGAGCAGCUGUCCCGGGCCCUGGUGAGUGGGCUUGGAGGCCCCCGGGCACAUCACCCCUCAGCCUAACCCUGCUAACGGCGCCUCCCCCUCCAAGGCUCAGGCAGUGGCACCUGUGGCUCGCCUGGAGGACGUGGCGGCGGAGCAUGGUGCGCCUGCGCGCGGCUCAGCGGCUGCGGCAGGAAGAGGAGCGCUGGGUCCUCUCCCAGGCCUUUAAACAGUGGUACCAGUGUGUGACAGCCAGGAGACGCAGCCGCAGCCGCUCCCUGAGUGCCCAGGCCCUGGCUGUGGUGAGUGUGGGGCAGAACAAAGGGCCAGGCUGCAGCCCGCGACUGGUGCCUGUGGAGUGA